AUGCUAAUAUAAUCAGAUUAGAACAAUCAAAGUGUCUAGACUGUAAAGCCAUCUACUAUAUUUUCUCCAGGGGACACUAUCUUGAGGAAAAAUGACAAUGUAUCUGCAAACUAAAAAAAUCCUAAUUGGGAUAAAUAAUCUCCAACUCUAAGAUAAAAGCUAUUCUAUAAUUCUGAGUUUAGUACUACUAGUUUAAGGACCCAUGAUCUUUACAGCAAUAUGAGGAAGCAACUUGAAAAGUAGAGAUCAUUGCAGUAGUUAUUUAACACUACUUAGAGAAUCGGUACACAAUUAACAAAUAAACUGCCAACUCAAUAAUUAAAAACCUCGAGAAGCAAUUAGCAGUUAAUCACUACUUCUGCUAUGGAUACAAAUAGGGCAGUAAUUAGAAGAGGAGCAAAAUUUUAAACCAGCAACAACAGUAACAAUCAAUCUUAUCAUUAGCAAAAUAAUAGCUCAAUGCUAAAUAAUUCCAAUCGUGUAGUGUCUAAUAAGUAGCAGCAGGUUUUCAUGUUCAAGAAUAAUCUAAGUUCAUUGACGAGAAAUAAAUCUGCGUAUCUGAACUUCAACUCUACUCAACCUCUGUCUAGCAAGAACAAUAAAACUGAAAUAGACCUCAGAAUGGAAGACAAGCAUUCUAUACAGCUAGUUAAGAACAAAAUCAUUCACAAUUAAAGCCCUUCUAUCUCUUCUGAAGAAGAUAAAGAAUUUAUCUAAGAUGAGCAAAAGAUCAAGGACUUCAAUGUUAUUCUGGAUAAGCAAAAUACUAAGAUUGAAGUAAAAAAGCCAAUAUUUAGCAACUAGAUGAGCAGCCAUUAGAAAAAGCGGUCUUAAUUACCAAAUGGGUCUUUUAUAGAGACAAAGAUGAAAAAUUGCCUCCAGUCUAGAAACAUUGAGCAGUAAAAUGCUUACUUGACUUAAAAUUACUCAAGCAGUCAGAAUUAAAAAGCAGUCCUCACUAAAAAUUAGAGUUAACCAUCGCUAUAUUAGCACAAAAAUAAUAUGAAUUAUACAUAAAGGACGACUUUUGUGAAGACUUCUUUCCUAAGACAUGAAGAUUCUAGAGCUAUAACUCCUCUCAAUGGUGGUCAUGCAAGUAAAAGUCCUCAUGGUUAGUCUACAAGAGGAGAUGAUAAAACUAGCACUAAUUCAAGAACCAAAUAAAUUUAAGGACUCAAAGGAGAUUUGAAAUCUUUAAAUCUUAGUCCAAUUAUACCUCAAAACCUUGGAAAAAACCCCAACAAAUUUUAAAGGGAGACUAGUCAUAGUGACUAUAAUAGAAAGAAUGCUGGUUCAACCUAAAAGAAACUUGAGAUGAGAAAGCAGAGUGCAAGCAGUAAUGUAAAUACGAAGACUUUCAAUAGUUUAAAGAAAGAUAGAUCAAUUUAGGAUAUUCAGAAGCAAGUCAAUCUUAGAGAUGAACCUACUACUGAGAAGAAGGGCAAUAAGAAGGAAAAUAUCAAUAUUUAAACUAUGAAAUAUCAAAAGCCAGGUUAUAGUAGUUAAGAGACUGAAAGGGGUCCUGGAGCUACAAACUCUUACUCAACUGCAGAUGAGUUUAAUUUGAUAUCCAACGAAUCAUAAUCGAACUAUAUACUAAGAUUCAAAAAUGAAGGUUCAUAGGGUCGUAAGAUGUUUCUAAAAGAACCUCCCAAAUAGUAUAAAAGCUAGUUUACAGAAGCAAUAAAUAUCUAGGAUGAGAGUUAAAUACAAUACAAACCCAUAAUAGAUAAAAAUUAAGAGAGUAAGAUCAAGGUAAACUAGAUCCUUAACAACAAUAAUCUGUCCUAAAACUAGAAUAGGUACAAGUUAGAAAUAAACACUGAUGAAGAAACUGUUCCAAUGUAGACAAAUCCAAUAGUCGUUAUAAAUAAUAAGACUCCAAGAGCUUUACCUUACCUCAAUUAAGAAAAUUUAAACUUUAAUUUUGGGUCAAACUCCAAUGUUAAAACUCUGGUGCCUAAAGAUGACGACAAGACUCUUAAAAAGCAUUAAUUUGACAAGGACAGUAGUUUUGAUGAGGAGGAGGAGCUUCCGGAUGCCAAGGACUUUGAAGAGUUUGCAAUAUCAGAUAAUGAACAUAAUGAUAACACAAAUAAAAAUGCUGUGGCGAAAUCUCAUAACAGCAUGAAAGUGAAAGUUCAGUUAAUAGAGCAAAAUGGAUUGUUUAAGGAAAAUAAACAUCAAAAUAAUUUCUUAUAGAACUAUAAUACUGCUGCGUCAUUCUUGGGUAAUACAAAUUUGAACACUUAUUAUCCUAGAGAUGAUAGAAAUUCUCUCGUAAAUUACGAUACAAGUCUCCUUACUCAUAAUACGGGAAGAGGGGACAACUCCUCGCCAAUUUCAGACAUCAGAGAUACAAAAAAGCAUAAGCAAGCAAAAGGUCCUGGAAAGAAUAAAGCACAAGACUACUCCAGUAUACUCUAAGAUAAUAAUUCUUUCAUUUUUCCUCCAGUCAAACAAGAUUAAAAUGAUCAGAACUAUUAGCAAUAGAAUCAAAAUAAUAAUCAUUUUCACCACAAGGACAAAUACACCUUAAACACCAAGAGCGAUGAUGGGUACUGCACUAUGGGUGGAAAUAAAGUAUAGGACAAUGAACUUUUCAGUCGAUUAUUGUCUCAAGAAGAUGAAGAGUAAGAUAAUUUUUCAGUCCACUACAAAAAGGUCAUGAUGGAGAUUCAAAAAUAAGAAGAGAAGGAAAUUGAGAAAGCGACAUAACAGAUUUUCCAAAGCUAGCCUUAUAAGUAAAUAAAGAGUGAUAAGGAGAGAGCUAAAUACCUCUCUCAAUAGAUUUCAGUCAUCAGAAAUAAAUAUAAAAAGAUCCUGAUUGAGAAGGUUUUAUGCUAAUAAUGA